AUGCAACCACAUUAUUAUCAAAAUUAUGAGGAUGAUGAAAUAAUAACUAGAGAGGAUGAGAUAGAUGAAUUGGAGGAUGAUACUAUUUUUCAACAGUCUUCUUAUCCACCUACUAGUGGAAAUUUGACGCCUUUAAUAGAUAGGCAGGUAGUGAUAACAACACUAUUAAAUAUUAUUGCAUUAUUUGCCUGUUUCUAUUGUCUUUAUACUGAUCAAAGAAUUGAUGGAAUAAUUUCUAUAUUUGUUUGUUGGCUUAAGAUUAGAGAAGCCAAACAAGAAUAUCUUGGAAAUCUUGAAUUUAGUGAAUUUGUUAAAAAUGUCUCAUCACAAGAUUUAAUAACAGAUGACAGUACUAAUAGAAGUUUUUUCAAUAUACCAAAAAGAAAUAAUCAUAAAGCAAUUUUUGUUUAA